AUGUUGAAACUUGUUGCGUCUCUUCUACUUUUGCUCUUUGUCAACCACAUCACAGUGGCGAGCGGGCAUGUCGCAGCAUCCUUUUCAAAUUCAACCGUUGAGGCUGCACCUAUCCGAUGUGCUGACCCGAGGCUUACCAAUGUCUAUGUCCAGUCUUACAGCCCGUCUGGCAAAUUUCACCUUAUCCAGAUGAGCACCGAGUUCGUUGACUCACUCACAGUUGGAAAUGGCGACUUUGGGUUCCAAGGAAAUAUCUUCCGGGCAUGGAAUACGCCCCAGCCUUCCACUUUCCCCCUGUAUCGUCUCGUUACACCUCCCCCUCUGGAUUAUCUCUUCGUCUUAUCGACGGACGGCAACGCCCCCGCCGUUCCUGGCUACCACAGCGAUUUUAUCCCUGCGUAUAUUUACUCCACUCAAAUCUGCAACAGCAUCCCGCUCUACUCAGCGACUCGGGCAGACGCCACCGACCAUUAUUAUACGACUGUUCUCAGUGAGCGUGAUGACUUGAUUAAUAGGUGGGGUUGGACCGAUUCCGGCAUCAUUGGUUAUGUCCUCCCUUUGACUCCAGUUGCGGAGCUUAAACAAGAACUGACAGGUGGCAAUGAUUACACGGAAACAAACUCGGAGUGA